AUCUCACGGAUGUCCUCGACGAAGAAGUUUCUCCAGCGCGCGGUGUCGAACCAGGUCCUUCGUGGCGUUCUCGUCGACUACGAAGCUCUCUGCUCGUCGACAGUGCACGUGGCAGCACCGACCGAGGUGGCACAUGCGACCACGGACGCUCCUCUCGGCGACGGCGCGGCGCCGCUGCACCAACCCACGAUGUUCCAGAACAUGCGUAGCCUGCUACAGAACAUGACCAAGGCCGACACAGAGCAUGGCCGCCGCGUCCAGCAGACGCUCGCGGGCUUGCCACACUUUAUGCGAGACCGUGUCUUGGGCGGCGACGACAAGCCGGGCGCAGGCGAGGAGACCACGUCGAUCGAGGAGCAACUGCAGCGCAAGGCCAAGCCCGUUGUCGAUGUCUUGGCGACCGAAGACUCGGCCGACGGCCCGCGCGCCAAGUACCUCGAAAAGAUGAACGCGCUCAAGCAGCGCGCCAAGCUCAAUGCGCUCAAGCAAGAGACAACCGUGGCGCCGGUCGCGGACGACAGCGCUGGCGUCGAGGUCUCUGCUGCCUCGGUCUUGCCCACGCGCAAAGUCAACGAAGGCGCUAACGCCUUUCUCUCGUACGUCAACCUGCGUGGUCUUGCGCUCUGCGUGAUCCCGCCGUUGGCCGAGCACCGUCAGGCCGAGUUUCAGCAGUUCAUCGACGAGUUUGAGCUCGAUGCUGUCAUGGGUUUUGAAGCGGCUAUUGCGAUGCCCCGUCCCGAUGGCAUCCAAACGCUCUGCAAAGAGCUGAAUCUGGAGCCCAAGGGCAUUGUCGUUGUCACCAGCGCCGAGAACGCAAUUGCAUCGGCCAAGGCGGCAGGGUCUUUCACGUGCUUUCUCGCGACCAAGACGCGCGACUCGCACUACGACUGCGAUUUUUCCAUCCCGAAUCUCCGCGAGUUCAAGUACGUCGUCGAGGACCUCAACGGCAUCUCGUGGCGCAACUAAGCAACCAACCAUCGACCGAGUGCGAUGACGCGACGUUAAGAAUUUGGAG